GCGCAAUGUUCUCGCCGCUUAGUUCCCGUUGAAGCGAGAGGCAGCACGCAAGUCAAUUCGCUCGCUGCUGCUGCCGCACUUCCUCACGCCGGGGUUUUGGCAGCGAAUGUCCGCGGUCAUCGAGUGUGGGCACGCGCCGCCACCUCUCAGCACGAUGGGCGCGCUGGUCUGUCGGAGCCGAGAACCCGCCGAACCGGGCACCACCAUCCUGGUGGAUUCGCCCGAGCUUUGGGCCAAGCCCGCCUCGGCAGCGUCGCGGGGCCAGGCCGGCCGGCUGCCUUGGCACCGGACGCGGCGGGCCAAGCCCAGCGGCGCCGCCUCAGUGGUGUCUCCCACGGGCGACAACUGCCCGUGCUGCUGCGCGGGAGCCGCGGCCGCCGCCAAGCUGCAGCAGCCGGAGGUGGCGUCCCUCGAGAGACCCGAGUCGCCGCCGAACAAGAUCAGCUUCUCGCGAAGCGCGUGGGAGACGUCCCCGGUGCUCGACAAGCCGAGCUCCGUGCGCGAGGAGCCGCUGUACGUGGAAGAGGCCACCGACCUGCUCACGGACACCGAGCAGCAGUGCCAAUUCGCCUUCUCGGGCAGCGACGACGUCACCCAGGUGGAGGAGAUGACGGAGAACAGUGGCGAGCCGUGCACCUUCUGCACGCUGUACCCGGAGGGCGCGCUGACGGCGGCCACCGACGACGACCUGAAGGGCGCCGCCGAGCGACUGUGCGCGCUCUACCCGGGCACCGGCCGCCCUGCGGGCGCGGCCGACGAGCCGUGCAGCCUCUGCCUCCUGUUCCCGUCCGACGGCGUCGUGGCGCAGCGCGACGAGGAGCCCAGGGCGCUCGACGACGGCUGGUCCAACCUCGACGAAGAGGUUACCAUCAUGGUGGACAGGGUGUCCAGCCUCAGCUCCAUCGUGGAGGAGAAGCUCCGCGUCAAGAACAAGACGAGGCAAGACGUGUGGAAAGGGACAUUCGGCAUCUACGUGCAUCACGCCAAGGACGGCACGAAGAAGAUCAUCAUACGCGAUGGCUGGACGUCCUACCAUAUCCAAGGUUCUUGGUUUUUCGCUGAUAUGCUGGAAACUUCUUUUGCAAGCUUUCGGCUACGGAUACCACUAUGUGCACUGGGUAGCCAGCGGUAGCCAGGCGUUCUACCUGUUGUCCUAGCAUUUCUCAAAUUUUGUGCGGACAGGACUUUCAAGAGCGUUAACUAUACACAGUGCGCCUGUCCAUGUCUUAUUUAUUGUGCCUAAAACCAUUUCUAAAAGCCAUGUACCAACCAUCCCGGCAGUAGACUUUACUAAACUAUACACAGGUUUACUACACCGCGUUUCACCAGUUUAGAAUGAGCUGAGCUAAAUGUAAAGAGGGGUUUAUUGCUUCGUGGACCUAAAUAUUUAAAAUAUCUGACUUCAGCCAAAGGUAUGUUAUUUAUACAGUACGGAACGUUAGAGUUGGAAUGUUUCCGAGUGAAAAAGAUUACUUUUUAUUAAAUUAACUCAUAUUAGACAAGUGGCCAUGCACAAAUUAUUGAUAAGAUCAAGGCCGCUUUGAAUUAUCAAGUGUUCAUUGGUACUAGCAAUUCUCCGGUAAAUUAUGGAGUCUUCAGCGAAAAUACGCAUUAAGGAUAUGUUCUUAGGUAGGUCAUAUAUACAAAGAAAAAAAAAGAAGAGAUGCAGACCAGACUCAUAUGUCGUGAUUUACGUGGAGCGAAGCUUUAGUGAAGUGGUAAUUUAAAUGCUCUACAACUAACAGUGAUGCGGACAAUUUUGGUUAGUUUCAUUUUAUGCAACGUGUUAUCUUGCGCAAUGGUUAUGUUUAUCCACAACAAAGGUCACAAGUUUAUCCUCAUGCAACGUUUAUGUUUAUGCACUAUACACCGCUCACGAGGUAUGCCGAAAGGCAAACACCAUAUCAGAGGGGUGCACAUUGUGAGACGUCUACGAAAGUAUGCCACGAGGACGAACGUGGUCUAUUUCGCUUUUCGAGGGAGGAAUGGCAAUGACAGGUGCAUGUACAAACAAAAUCAACGUAUUAAUGAUUAUGUACCUCUUGUGUCACAGUGGCACAUACUAACUGUGGAGGAUUGACCAAGAAUGGCACACACCCAGUAGCGUAUACCAAGUGGCGAAAUAAAAGAAAAGAAAGUAAAUCAAAGAC